CUGCACCAAAGAUUGAUGAAAUCCCCUUCCACGAGGCGGCCAUGGCUGCUAGACAGCCGCUGCCCCUUCAGCUAGGUGAAUUUCACCGGAUGCUGCUGCUCGAUCCCGAAGGCCGAAAACUCCUGGUCUCACAUAUAACCAAGGCGCAAACCAGCGGUGUUGUGUUGUUCUAUGAUAAAAUCAGAGAAGAUGUUGUUGCGCUGUGGCGUGAUUACAAAACAGCACCCUGGUAUCAACCCCCCGUGCAAGCUCCUGCUCCUGAACUUAGUGUAGAGGCCUUGAGGCGGGUAUCAAGCGUGAGAUCACAGUAUGAGCAUUGGAGGAGCUGGCUGCGUUCAAAGAUUGAACAGGUGCUCAAGGAUUACACGGACCAUCAUUUUUUGGGACCAAAGUAUGAACUUGAUUUUAUAAUUGGUAUGGAUCAAAGACGGGAAGGCUGCGCCCCCUUCACUGAUACGUGCUACCUAGUGAACUUCAUGGCAACUUCUGAUGAGAAUGUUCCGAGGACCCUAUUUUACGCCGAGUUGUGGUGCGUAACACGCAAGCCAAGGACAGCAGCAUUCUGCUGCCCUCUGCCCUAUGCAUAUGCGGGACGUUGCUACUAUGACAUGAUUUGCGCAAGGAAGAUUGUGUAUCCAGAUGACGCCAAGUACAUCCGUGAUGACGACAUCACCCAUAAGGGAACCCGCAGCGUGGAUGGCAUGCUAGAGAUGGACCUCGUGCACUUCAGUUCCGAGUUGGAUGUGGAGCUCGCGCGGAAUUUGAACAUGUCGGAUUCACAGGAUGAGCCGAAUGAGCCCAGUUCAGAUUCAUGGGCGCCGGAUGAGAGCAGUCCAGAUUCAGAUUCAGAGGAUGAGUCUGUGUCUCGGGAUGAGCGAGUCUUCUCUCCUCCGUGGCUACGGCUAGAUAGGAGUGUGUGA